AUGACUGACAACAAUAUUUCUUCAUCACGAGAACAACAAGAAAAAAAUUCUUCAAUUUUUAUUUUUUCUCCCCAGCCUUCCCAAACAACAACAACAACAACUCAACAAACAACAAAUUUAUUAGCCCAACGUUUAUCUCCUUUAUUAUGUGCUUUAUUAAAAAGUUUUCAUGCAAUUCCUGUUAGAUUAAAAAUAUUAUUAGACAAAGUAUUUGAACAUUUGUCUUCACAAGAAAUUGAAAUUUUACUGUUAAAUUGUGGGUGGACUUUGGAGGAUUAUCAAAGAGGCUAUUUGAAUUAUUCAACUGGUUUAUGGCAAUGUGUCCCUCUUCAUUUAGAACUUCAAUUACUUCAAUCAGCAUCUCUUCUUUUGUCACCAGAAUUUACUUCAUUAAUUUCACAAUUGAGGCAAUGUGCAUUACACAGCCUUUUGGCUUUAGUUGUGUCUGCUGGAGGAAAUAAUGUUAAUAAUAAUGGAGGAGUUUCAACAUCCUAUGAAGCAACUAAUGGCCCUGUAGUCGAGCAACAACAUUUUCAGACUGAUCAAAAUUGUAAUAACUUGAUAAAUUCAACAACUGCAACAGAACAAAAGGAAGACGAAGAUAAGGAGGAAGAAAGGGAAAAGAAAUUUUCUCAAGAAAGUUUGAAUGGAAUUAUUGAGAAAAUGACUGAUUCAGAAGAAACAAAACCUUCAUUUGAAGAGGAUGAGGAGGUGAGGAAUAUUGAAGAAGAAAUUGUGGAAGACGAAGAAGAAAAAUAUGAUCAUCAAAAUUUGCUAAAUUUCCACCGUCGAUCAUCCUCAUUGUCUACAGGGACAACUACAAGUAAUAAUAGUAGUUUAAAUGGUGGAGAAAUUGUUUUGAAGGAAGGGGGAAGUGGUGGAGGAGGAGGAAAGAGACGAGUUCAAUGCCCUAUUUGUUUAAAGACUUAUUGCGAUAAAGGAGCACUCAAAAUACACAACAGCGCUGUUCAUUUGAAAGAAAUUCAUUUUUGUACGGUCAGUGGAUGUGAUAGAGCAUUUUCUUCACGGAGAAGCAGAAACCGUCAUUCACUAAAUUUAAAUAUGCACGCAAAUAUUUUUGGUUGUGGAAAAAUUAGAAGACGAAAUACAACAGAUUCUACUGCUCCAAAUACAACAGCUACAAAUAUUCAUUUACCUAAAAGAAGAAAAACACUUUCGGAUCAUCAACUUUUAUUUGCAACACAACGAAGGCAUAAAUAUGAAAUUGGAAGUGGUGGGAGUGGAGAAGGAGAGCUGAAGAAGAAGAAAAAGAGCUCUUUUGAGCAACUAUCAUCAACAUCAUUUUAUAAUAUUAAUAAUUCAACAAUUAAUACUGAUAAUAAUAAUUCUUUUAUUUUUCCUUCAUUAUUACCUCCCUUACAACAAUCUCCCCUACAGCCUCUACAACUUUCACAAUCCUCACAACAACUUCCGCAACAACCUCCGAAAUUUUCUCAAUCCUCACAACUUCAUUUACAACCUUCACAACUCCCGCCACAGCCCCAACAACCCCAACAACAGCCCCAACCUUAUCUACCAUCUCCCCAGCAAUUAACACGUUCAUCACCUCCUCUAUCAUCUUCACAUCUACCGCAACAACCUCCUCUACCCCAACAACCUCCUCCUCUACAACAAUCCUCCCAACAACUCCACCAACUACAUUUACAAUCUCCAUUACCACAACUUCCCACUCUACCAAUUUUAUUAUCCCCUACAUUAUGGUCUUCAAUACAGCAACAAAAACAACAAAUAUUUGUUUCUAAUAAUAAUAAUAAUAAUAAUAAAAUAUCAAUUCAAGAAAUAAUUAGAUUAUUAAGCCCUAAAAUUAAUAGAAAUUGUACUAGUACUUCUCUAACACAACAACAAUAA